AUGUCUGAUGUCUGCCGCUGGGGAGGAGGAGGCUGCACUUACUGCUGCGGGCAGCACGGUGCUCCUUUGGUGGUGGAGAUCCCAGGGUCUGCCAGUCUGCAAGUGUGGCUGCAGGAUUUUGGCUGGAGUGGCUGCCCGGUCGCGGGCUGGCAACAAAAAGUAAACAUCAAAGCAUAUGAUAAUUCCAUGCCAGUCAGAGAAUCAAGCAGAAAAUUAUGGAAUCAAGAAUGCUUCACUUUAACAUUUCCCAAACCACCUCAGCCAGGUAGAAAAAAGAGAUCAAGACCUUCAGAAUUACAAAUCACAGUUCCUAGAGAUUCCAAGAAAAAUACUCGCCCACAUGAGACAAUUAUAGAAUCCAAGAAAACAGGAAAUGAUAAAAAAUCUAAAAUAGGAGACAAAGAAGAUAAAACUCCAUCAAAAUCAUCACAUGAAAGUGAACUAUCUAAGAAGUCAAAGUACAAAUCUGGAACAAAUCCAAAAUCCAAAGAUUCUCAGACAGUCUUAAUGAUGCAUCCAAAAAACAGUAGAGCUCUCAAAAAUUCCAAGGAUACAGAUAUUGAACCCAUAUGUACAAAAAAGGGUUCUAAGAGCUCAAAGAACAAUUCUAAUGCCAAAUCUGAGGCUUGCUCAAAAAAUAGUUCCAAUAUGGAUUUAAUGCUAUAUUUACAGAAGUCUGGCACUGAAUCUAUGGAAUUUGAUAUGUGGUUAAAGAAUUACUCACAGAAUAAUUCAAAGAAGUCUUCAAAGAAGGAAGCAAAAAGCUCCGAUGCUGAAUCUUCAGAUUCAAAAGGUUCAAAGAAGGAUAAAAAAAGUGCAAAGAAAACCAAGAAGAAGAAAGCAAAGGACACAGAGUCUACUGAUGCAGAAUCUGGGUCUGAAUUGGAGUCAAAAAAAAGUAAGGAAGAGUCAAAGAAAAGUAAGAAAGCUUCAAAGAAAGAUGAUAAGAAAAAGGAUAGCAAGAAGGAAGCAUUGUCAACUGACAAUUAUCCUGAAUCUGAAAGGAUUUUAAUAAAGGUUGAAAAAGUUGAAACAAUUAAUAAGAAAGGGCCAAAGAAAAGUGACAAAAAGGAGUCUCCAAUGAAGGCUGAAGAGUCUACUGGAACUGAAUCUGAUUUGGAAUCAAAAAAGGAUAAGAAACAUGCAAAGAAAGCUAAGAGAACUUCAAAGAAAGAUCUCAAGAGAAAGGAUACAGUGAAAAACGUAGAAUAUACUGGUGCUGAAUCUAAUGUGCCUUUUAAGAAAGACACAAGAAAGCCUGGAAUAAGCAAAAGUUCAGAUGCUGAAUCUGAAGAGUCAAUGUAUAAAGCUGGGGCUAAAAAAAGAGAAGUUGAUGAAUCAGAUGCAACAUCUACAGAAUCAAAGAAGGAAGCACUGGAAACAAAAAGAAGUGUUAAAAUGUCACUCAAAAAGACCACGUUUAAAGGAAGAGGAACAAGCACAGUUACAGGUAGAAUUCCUCCAUCAAGAGAAAGUUCACUACCAUCUUUUUGUGAGCCUUUCCAACUAUCACCUAAGAUCAAACAUCGUUGUCAGUGCAAGAUGGAUCCUCCACAACCAAAACCAAGAUAUGCUCCUUUGCUAUUCUUAGCCUUGGGGAUUACAAAAGAUUCAGGAAUUGGGGAUAAGGUCAACGACCACUCUAACUACUUUCUGCUGAAGGGGGGUGAUGAAAAAGGGGGUUCAGUAUCCCGAGUAUUCACCAUCUUCCCCAAGGGGUUCAUUGGAGUAGCAAGGACAGAGAAGUUCUCCCUGUACCAGUCUGAGGUUCUGGCAACACUUGUAUGA